AUGUCGGGGUUGGUACAACGAUUAAACAGACUGGAAACAUCGGCACCGGAUAUUUUGAAAGAAUUCUACGAACAACACCUCCACAGUUUCUCCGUCAAGCCAGGGUCUUCGGAUACUCUGAGUGUCACGAGUACCUGUUAUGCACUAUUGGCCAUUCAAACUGCCUCAUCCGCCUAUGACUCGAUUGUUGCCUUUGACCGUACCAACAACGACAGUGAAACCGAUGAGGAUCCAACGAACAAGGACAAAAUUUGCAUUCCCACCGUUGUAAGAGCACUGCUGGCAUCCGAAUGGAGACAAGAUGAUCUCUUUCAAGUACCACUCUUGCUCUUCACAGUACUGACUAUUGACAAGGACCGAUCCAUGGUACUACAAUCCGCUGCAUUCAAUGAACAAACAGCGCUCAAAAUACGACAAUUGAUUCAAGCAGUGGUACAGGCACGUCCCAAACGACGGAUUGGACAACGACAAGUGUACUCUGACUACAUCACCUAUCAAGUCUGCAAUGUACUGGCACUUUUGCAAGGAUUGUCCGCGGAACAACAAACGAAACCACAAGAAGAAGCAGAUGUGCCAGAAGGAGACUUUGUGGGAGACUUUGAGGAUCCUGCAGUGGUGGGAGGGUUGCCUGCCAAUGCCGUUCCAGAGGGUGCUGCCUCCGAGAUUUCUCUGGGGUUGGCCCGAUGCGCCGAAGUGGCAGCCAACGAACUCUGUCGACAACUGGCUUAUCGAGUCGCUGGAGACACCACUGCCUUUGAUGUCAUGCAACUCGCCUACUCCUUGUUGACUUAUGUGCAAAGCACACAAAGUCUCACAGGAGUGGCAGGGCGAGAACUCAUUCCUGGACAAGGAGUAUCGCCCGGAACACAGGUGACGCCGCUCAAUAAACGUUUGGUAGUGGCGGCAUUGGAUGCCUUUUUUGCAGAACAACAUACCAAAGAUGGACUUUGGGACAAGGGACAACCCAUUUACCAGUCCUUUCGACGACAGGGACGCAACGUCGGGAAUGCCUUUGUGUUUUCAGUGGAUACCGUAGGCAGCAUGCUGCGAUUACUCCCCGCGGAAUACUUUCGACCACACUUGCAAUCGCUGGAACGAACGCUCGAUUGGAUUGAAGGGCACGAAACAUUGGAGGUCAUUCCGGAUUACUGCGAUCCAGAAUCUGGAGAGUGCUAUGGGAAGGCAUUGAAGGGUUGGGCAUCUCCACACUUGCGCCCCGAAAGUGGGCCUCAGGCAUGGUCCACGGCCCAAGUGCUGGCCUGUGUCUCUCUUCUCAAAACCACAAUCCGCGAACUCAUGAAUCGAGAUGUCUUGCAGGAAUUUGGUGGCACGGCCUAUUCCGAACAAGGCCCACGACAAGAAGGUUGGGAUCGACUCUUGGACACGGACCUUGGCAGUGCAGCAGACAACAAAACAAUCAAAGAGGUUUUGGAAGAGCGUGUCGUGACGCCCUUUUCCGUAUCCAUCAACAACCCAUCUUUUGGAGCUGCCUACAGUGCCAUUCUCUUUGGACCACCAGGGACAGCCAAGACGACCAUUUGUGAGGCCCUGGCACAAAAGAUGGGAUAUGAUUUCUUGGUGAUUGAUACCACUGCAUUUCUUGCCGACGGUCUCACCAAUGUCGCCAAUCGUAUCCGCUACGUCUUUGGUCGCCUCAUGGCACUACAAGAGUGUGUCAUAUUAUUUGAUGAGAUUGAAGAGUUUGCCUUGAACCGAGAAACUCCCGGCCUAAGCAUGGAAUCACGCAUGUUGACGACGUCCAUGCUCACCGCCAUUAACGAUCUCCGACGUGGCAAACAAUCCAUUUUCUUUGUGGCGACCAAUCGACUCCGGGCGUUUGACUCGGCCAUUACCCGCCCUGGUCGCUUUGACAUGCAACUCUUUGUGGGGACACCCAAUUUGGGUGCUCGGAUUAUUCAAUUUCAAUCCAAACUACCCUCCUUGACAAAGACACAAAAGGAGGAUGCCAUUGCCUCGUAUCGUUCCUUUUUGGAAUCCGUGUGGACCGAGGACGCCAUGUUUAUGAAUUACUUGGAAGGACUGCAAUUUGCAUCUGCUUGUGCUUCUCUGGUGAAAAGCAGCCCGACGAAACAACUCGUUACGGAGCCAAUGGCUGACAUUUUGGCCAAACAAGCUGCUGUGAUGACAGUCCGUGGUCAAGUCCGAGAUGAAUACUUGGCAUCCAUGAAGCUGUCACGGGUAUGA